CGAUCGAUCGAGCGAGAGAGAGCCGCGGUGAUGUCGGGGAAGGAGGAGGGCCGGAUCUUCGUGGGCGGCCUGUCGUGGCAGACCGACGAUCGCAAGCUCGAUGAGGCCUUCAGCCGCUUCGGCAAGGUCGUCGACACCCAGUCCUUGUGAUUUUUAAAUUCUGCUCCACCAACAUCAGAGUUGUGCACUCUCGUUGGGAACAGCAACAGGGCCUAUAUUCAUGACACAGGUGCUCUCAAUGAAAUCUUGAGGAAAACAUCUGAAGCUGAAUACAUGUCUUCUUUGUCGGGUCGAACCAAGUUAAUUGGCUGAUAAGAUACAACAGGACUAAUCAAUUUAUAUAAUCGUCUGGUUAUGUUCACUUUUCGUGGUCAUCUUUCUCAGUUGGCUUCAUUGGUAUCCAUGCAAUUAGGGUUCUCGGCUACUCUUGAUGUUUUUUCUUUUUUCCAUAUGACAUGUCUGUAUAGUUUUUCACAUCUUGGUAGCUGCUUUGUCAGCAUUUAGUGAACUGGCUACAAGCUUGAUCUGUUUCUCGUUCUGUGUUUUGUUAGAAAUAGAUAAACUUUUUCUGCGAUGAUGUGUUGGCCACAAUUCUUCAUACAUAUGAUUAAUUCGCUGCAUGAUUAACAGGUGCAGCAAUUUGCACUUGUCUUAAGAAUUCCAUUAACGCUUUUCUCAAUGACAUUUCUCUGAACUUCUGAAGUUCUUUUGUUUUAUUAGUUUGUUUUCGUAUUUAGUACAUUUUCUGCUAAAAUCCAGUAAAAGCUUUCUGUGAUGAAAGUCAAACUGAGUUGAAAGCUCAUGUGUGGACGUUUUGAAGGACAACUGCUGAAGCAAAAAUAUGAUGUUAGACCCACCAGUACAGGCAAUUGUCUUUGUGUGAGAUUACUUGAGUUGCCUCCAUCUGUUGUAUUGCAGUGGUGGAAAGAUAAUUCUCCGGCGUAUUUUGCAGACAAGCUUGCCAGCAGUUCAGACUUUCAUUGAUGUUGUUCGCAUGGAAAUGGAAGUUGCUUGCUUAUAUAGGUUCUUACAAUUGGUUUAGUUGAUGUGAUAUGUUUGAUAGAGAGCACAGCAGUGGGCAUUUCUGGAUUGUUCAGAUACCAGAAAAUGCUGGAAUUACCGAGAGUGUAUUGAAUGUGGGUAGCAGCAAAAUUGUGCCUGGUUGGUAAUAGUUCGCUUCUGCUGAAUUGAGUGCCCAGACAUUGUUCUGUAGCUUUACUGCUUGUCAGUGACGAUGAGCUAGACAUUGUUCUGUAGCUUUACUGCUUGUCAGUGACGAUGAGCUUUACUGUGUUGGGAAUAGAUUCCGUCACAAAGGUAGUUACAGCUAGGUGCUCCUGUGUCAGAAUUAUGAUUUUGUUCUUGAGGGUCUGAGAUCCAAGAAUAACCUAGUAUCAACGCUUCCCUAAGAUCAUGCUGGAGAGACACACAAACCGCCACAGGGGCUUUGGCUUCGUGACAUUUGAAGAUCGACGGGCAGUUGACAGUGCUAUCAAAGAGAUGCAUGGCCAAGAGUUAGAUGGUCGGAUCAUUUCAGUGAACAAGGCUGAGCCUAAGAUGAAUACAGAUGACACUAGGUAUGAUGGUGGUGGUGGGCGAGGAGAUUAUCGUGGUAGCAGAGGUGAUGGUCCACCCCCUGGCAAUUGCUUUGAGUGUGGUCGCCCUGGUCACUGGGUUCGUGACUGCCCUAGUGCUGCUGGAGGUCGUUCUGGCAAAUUCUCUUCCAAGUUUAGUGGUGGUGGCAGCGGUGGUGGAAGGGGAGACCGUUUUUCUGGAUCAGAUAGGUUUGGUGAUCGUUACAUGGAUGAUCGCUAUGAUGGUGGUCGUUAUGGGUACCGUGACAAAGUUGACAGCAGAGACAGGUACACUGGGGGCCGUGAUCGUUAUGCCAAUGAUCGCUACCCCCCUGGUGGCGAUCACUUUAGUGCAGACAGGUAUGGAGGUCCAGAUCGUUAUGCGUCAGGUGGUUAUGGUAGGGAGCAAGAAAGAAGUUACGAGAGAGAGGGAGCUCGCGGUGGUGGUGGCUAUGACAAGAGUGGCCCAAGGGGUGGUGGUGGUGGUGGUGGCUAUGACAGGGAUGGUCCGAGGGGUGGCAUUGGUGGCGGCUAUGACAGGGAUGGUCCACGUGGUGGUGUCGCUGACCGCUAUGGUGGCGGAGGACCUGCACGCUAUGAUGGUGGAGGUUACAGGGAGAGGCCUGGGCCGUAUGAUCGCCCCAGAGGAGGAGGAGGACGUUUUGAUGAUCGCUACUAAUGAUCCGUCUGCAGAAUCUAGUUCUUUAUGUUGCAUGUUUAAUGUUUGCAGCUUCAGUUUCGCAUGGCUGAAUGCAUAACGAGUUAUGGAGGAUGCUUAAUGUAUAACGCAUGGCACUGUUAUGUCUGUUCUGUAUUUGAACCUGUACUGGCACCGGUGCUGCCUUGUUGCUAAGUUUAUCCAGCAGACUGUUUGCAUGCUGA